AGAAGGGCUGAUUAUUUUUUGGCCCUAGAAAGGGCCAAUUAUUUUGGGAGCCUCUGAAACAUUCAUAAUCCAUGCUAGAAACGAAAACUGAUUGUACUAUAAUAUGACAUAACCUAUUAUGUUCCUUUGACUGUUUUCUAUUAUAAAGAAAUAUUUUUGUUCUGUGAUAUUAGUUAUUAUAUAAUUUAAUUACUUUUCAAGAUAUUCAUAAAUAAGUAUAAGUUUCAAUAGGAAAUAAAUUGUAGUUUUGUAUGAAAAAUAAUAUAUAUAUAAUGAAUGGCCAGAUUUUAAGAAAAGCAUUUAUGAGAACCCAACACAUACUUUAAACUGUCUCAAGCUUGCUAUUCAUCAGAAAAUACUAAAUACAAUACCAAAAGAAAUUUUACAAUGUUGUAUGAAUAUGAUAAGUACACUUUCAACUGUCAGAUUAAAAAUACUAAAUUAUCAACCCUUUGUAUGCCUGCAGGAUUUGAAAACAAAUUCUUAUGGAAGACUGAUAUCUGUUAAAGGCUGUGUUAUAAGAGUAGGUCGUGUAAAACAUCUUGCAGAAUGGAUAGUAUUUGUCUGUCGCAAAUGUAAUUUACAGAAAGUAGUAAAACAACCACAAGGAAUGUACACAGUACCAAAAAAAUGUAAUAUAUGUGGUAUAUCUAAAUUUCGUCCACUGCUAAGUUCUCCACAAGUGAAAAGUAUUUCUUUCCAAAUGAUUAAGAUACAAGAACUUUUGAAUGAUGAACAGAAUAAUAAAGGAAGCAUGCCUAGAGUACUUGAUGUCGAAUUGACAGAUAAUUUGGUCAGUACUUGUAUGCCUGGAGAUGAUAUUACUUUGACAGGAAUCAUAAAGGGUACUAAUAAUAUUAAUGCACGUAAUAAAAUAUCAUUUGCAUUAUACAUGGAAGCUAUUACAAUAAUGAAUAAUAAACAGAGAUUUCAAACUAAAAAUGUUAUGAAUAAUGAAAUGUCAAUAAAGGACUAUUUGGCAAUAAAGGAAGUAUAUAAUACACCAAAUAUUUUUCCAUUGUUGGUACAUUCUCUUUGUCCGAGCAUAUAUGGUCAUGAAAUGAUCAAAGCUGGGUUGACAUUAAGUUUAUUUGGUGGAAAUACGGAGCAUGCAGAAUUACGAGAUAAUAUACACAUUUUAGUAGUCGGUGAUCCUGGUCUUGGGAAAUCUCAAAUGUUGCAAGCAUGUUCACGAAUUGCUACUAAAGGGGUGUACGUAUGUGGAAACUCGAGCACAUCAUCAGGAUUGACAAUAACACUUACAAAGGAAAAUAAAAGUAACAACUUUGCUCUAGAACCAGGUGCAUUAGUUUUAGCAGAUAGGGGUUGCUGUUGUAUCGACGAAUUUGAUAAAAUGUCUAAGCAACAUUCGGCUUUAUUGGAAUCUAUGGAACAGCAAAGUGUAAGCGUUGCUAAAUCAGGAGUAAUUUGUUCAUUACCCUCAAGAACUUCAAUUCUUGCAGCUGCUAAUCCAAUUGGUGGCCGAUUUAACAAAAAUAAAACAGUAAUACAAAACUUGAAAAUGAGUCCACCUCUUUUAUCACGUUUUGAUCUAAUUUUUUUAUUGUUAGAUGAACCAAAUAAGCAUAUAGAUGAUUUACUAUGCAAGCAUGUUAUGUCUAUUCAUACUGGGACCAAUACCAAAAAAAAAAAAGUAAAUGUUUCACAACAUACAGACAUAAUGGAUGAAAAUAGGUUGACAUUAAGAGAGAAACUUGCAUCUUCUAUAACAGAAAAUGUUUGUCCUAUUCCUCAAUCAAUUCUCAGAAAGUAUAUUUUAUACGCACGACAAUAUGUUAAACCAACACUUACUAAAGAAGCGGCUACACUACUACAAAAUUAUUAUUUAGAGCUUCGAAAAAGCAAUAAUAAAUUCAGUGGUAUAUCUGUAUAUAAUAGACAGUUGGAAGCUAUGAUAAGAUUAACUGAGGCCAGAGCAAAAUUGGAGUUACGUACUGAAGCAACUGAAACAGAUGCUUUGGAAGUGAUCGAAAUUCUACGAUAUACAUUUGAUAAUAGUGCUGUUAGUUGGUCGUCAUUAAAUAAUAAAAAAGGAACUGAUAGAAAUUUCAAAGAAUUUAUACAAUUAUUGAAGAAGGAAACAUUUUCCUCUAACAAUCAAACAUUUUCUACAAGAGAACUACGUGAAAUCGCACUAGAUGGAAAGGUUUCAACAGAUGAUUUCUCUCGAUUGAUCUCGAAACUAAAUGAAAGUGGAAUCUUAUUAAAAACUGGAAAUAACACUUUCAAAUUUAUUCCUGACUAGCAGUGUCCUAUAAUUCUGUAAUGAAAUAAGCAUGAAAAUUAAAUUGAUAUUCAUUAUAAUGUUGUUUGCUAAAAUUAAACGUUAUUAGUGUUUAUGUUUCCAUUCGCUUGGACUUUUUUACAUUCUUAUAAAUCAGACAGAAGAAUAUAAUAAUGAAGUGUGGUCUCUUAAUUAUGUUUUCUUGAUAUUGUAUUUUUCGAACCAUUCAUUUUUGUGAUGUGUUACAAUAAAAUCAUGUUAUAAUUUGUUGUCACGUCAAAAUGUCUUUUACACUUCGAAACAAUCUGCUUUACAUGGUAAACGCCAAUACAUAUAAAGGCAGCAUUUUGGGCCUGGAACAUGAAAACAACAGGGCUUGCAGCAUGGUCCUUUGGGUAUAUAUAUUUUUGGUUGAGGAACAGGUGGAGGAGGUAUUGUUAUCUUGCAUCUGUUUAAUAGAAUUAUUGUACAUUAUAUAUUAAUUUAUCAUAAUGUCAUAUAAAUUAUUUAUUCUAAUUUAUUACUAAUCUUUAUGUAAUAUACAGUUAAUAAAUCGUUCCUAAAACAA